UGUAAGUGGCUAGCAGCUAAAGCUAGAAAGGUUAUCACCAGCUCCAAGCGCUUAUUUAACUAAACCCAUCUGUUAGGUGGCAUCAGUUGGACACAGUGUUGCAAUAUAGUGAGCAUGGAAAUAAGGGAGAAGUAAAAACAUUGCCAGGUCGUCUCUAUAAACUUCUGUCGAGCGACUACUUUUUACCUGAGGGAGAAUCAAUGCUGAGGUUGUAUGUUUGAGAGAUGGGCUCUGAAAACCCAGAGGACUUUGGACCAGCUGUGAUUCUCGCCGAGGAAGAUCAGCAAGAAAUUGGAGGCCUGAUCAACUCUGAUGGAGAAGAAGUGGAUUUCUCAGAUCUCAGAGAGGGGUCCAUCCCUGGCAUUGUACAUGGAGAGGCUGCCUCCAGGACAUUUGACCACAGUGAAAAUGAGAAACCGCCGUCCCUCCACAGCUGCUCAGUGUGUGGGAAAGACUUCCCAUACGCCUCUAAACUUCAGCGCCACCUACGCACUCACUCCGGAGAGAGGCCUUUCCCCUGCUCCAUGUGUGAGAAGAGAUUUCCAGAAAAGGGGCUGCUCAUGAUCCAUGAAAGGGUCCAUACUGGGGAAAAGCCAUUCCCAUGCACUUUCUGUGAAAAAAGAUUUGCCAGUCAGGGUGAGCUCAGGCUGCACCGGCGGACACACACAGGCGAGAGGCCGUAUCACUGCUCCAUCUGUCUGAAGAGCUUUUCCCGACACUGGCAUCUGAAAACUCACUUAGAGGCGAUGCACUCUGAGGUUGUUGCAGGCUUUACGAGAAAGAAGUUUCCGUGUUCAGACUGUGAAAAGAGCUGCAACUCAGCGGCUGAGCUGAGAGAUCAUCAGAGGACUCACACGGGAGAGAGGCCCUACCAGUGCUCUUUCUGUGACAAAAGGUUUGCCUUGUCGGGAACACUUGUGAGACACGAGCGACUCCACACUGGCAUCACGCCCUACCACUGCUCCGACUGUGGUAAGACAUUUGCACAGCAGUGGACUCUAACAACACACAUGCGUACUCAUACGGGAGAAAAACCCUACAGCUGCACACAGUGUGAUAAGUCUUUUGUAGCUCCAGGAGAGCUGCGGAGGCACACCAGGAUUCACACAGGAGAAAAGCCGUACACCUGCAAAGACUGCGGGAGGCACUUCUCGCUGGCAGGAACUCUCAGAAACCACAAAAGAUCGUGUACACAGAACAAGAAUGGAGCAGUUACAGGUGUAAUCCCAGAGCCAGUCCAAGCUGCAGUUGGUGAAUCAUCGCAGCAGGAGCCGGCCAGAAGCAUCAGCUCUGAGGUGUCUGACAGUCAGAGUUUGCCCGUUGAAGUUGAAAUUGAGCCGCCAUCCUCAGAUGGUCCUAAAUGUGACAAAGCCGAUCAGUGUGAAAAUAACCAGCGAGAACCAGAAGAGCGACUGGGGGACGUGACUUCCAGCCCACAUGUGAAUGUAAUAGUGAAAGAGGAGGAAGAAGAGGAACCUUUGUGUGUAGAAGAGGCUCCUGACCAGGUGUCUGGUAGUGAGGAUUGCACCAUGCAGGAGGAAGAACAGCAUCAGGACAGUAACACAGAAAUUAGGAUUACAGUAAAGGAGGAAGAAGAGGAACCUGUGGACAUGUCUGGAGAGGAUCCUGAUCAUGUGUCUGUCAGCGAUAAAGACAGCCCCCCAGCCUCACCAGGGCAGGAACAGUUAAACGACAAUCUGACAAAGAGCUCUUACUGCUGCGGGCUCUGUGGGAGAGACUGCCACAAGAUGUCGGCACUGCAGAUUCACAUGAGAAUCCACUCGGGAGAGAAACCUUACCAAUGCACUCUUUGUGGGAAGCAGUUCACACAGAAAGGUCAACUCAAAGGUCACCAGAAAGUCCACACAGGGGAGAAACCGUUCUCCUGCCCGGACUGCGGGAAGAGCUUCGCCCACUCGGGGGCGAUGAACAGACACCGGCUCACACACACAGGAGAGCGGCCCUACCACUGCUCCGUGUGCGACAGGAGCUUCAACCAGUCCGGCCGCUUGAGGGAACACGAGAAAAUCCACUUUGGGGAGAAGUUUGACUGUCCCGAGUGUGAAAAGAGUUUCACGCGAGCUUCAAGCCUCAAGAACCAUUUCAGGCUUCACACAGGAGAGAGGCCGUACGGUUGUGACAUCUGCGGGAGAGGCUUCAGCCGCUCACAGAGUCUGAGGCUGCACAAACGCAAACACGAGCAGAUUCACCCUGAGGAAGAGUCUGCAUUCAGCGGGAAGAACGAUGAUUUAUCACAGAGUGACGAUAACUGUCCGAUUAACAUGUGUAUAGCAGACAAAAAUGACUGAUAUUGUAUUUAUAUAAACCAUAGAGAUAUGUAACAGUAGUAGUAUAACAAUACAAGAUUUUAGGCAGAAAACAUGAACUGAAAGAGCGGAAGGUUAAGGGACUACCUCUGUGAAUAGACCGUCAUUAAAACUUUAUGUGGUGGUUCACAAAAUAAGUAUUAAAACUAAAGUAUUUAAUGCCCUGAAAUUAAUAAACGGUUAAAGGUUAUGUUCAGCAACUAACUACACAUUUUCAGACAAAAUGACCAAACAGAUAUUAACUACAAACACAACUUUCGUAAAAAUCUUUGAAACUGUUUAGAUGAUAAAUUUUAGAGGUCAUAUUUAUUCUCUUUUGUCUUACCUAUGUUAGUUGCAUCGAAAUAUCACACUCGCGUUUAGAAUAUUUAUUGUAGUACAAAUGACUCAUUUAAGGUCUGUGAUUUCACAUUUUUACAUGCAGUAUUUGUUAUUCAAACUAAUCGUGUAUGUGGAAAUUGGAUUGAAGAGUAAUUAUGUUUUUGUAUCAGACGGUGGCCAAUGAGCUGUCUAGAAUCAGGUGAAACUGGAAUUCAUUUUGGUUAUGAGCUACUGAAAUAUUUAAGCCAGUAAUGAAGCAAUGGUUUCAGGAUUCUCAUGUUUUUUCCUUGUUGUUUUUUAUUAUUAUUUGCCAAAACCAUAUUUGCCUUAUUGGUGAUUAGUCAUUAUCUCUUUGUGUUAUUCAGCAACCAAAUCAUGAAUCAGGUUCACCUGGUUUCAGCAACUCUUAAAGGCCAAGUAGCUAUUGUGAAGGCUGUGAUACAAAUGGCAAUAAUUUAAAGCCAUGGAGAUGGUAAAUUUUGCCCAGUGCUGACUCUGUCUAAUUGUAUGGGACAUGUUAUACAAUAAAAGUAAAGUACUAAA